AAGUCCAGAAAAUACAAUUAUGCGAAAUACACGUGAUUUUUUGUUCUUAUCUUCUAAUCUCAUUUAUCUACCUAUAGCCUGUGAUGUGUGUUUGUCUUGGUACUAUUGAAGACGUUGACACUGAAUUCAAUUGGUAUUAUGAGGCGUCUAAAAAAUGUUGUAGUGCUAUCAAAAAAGAAGGUGACAUUGUCAAGUGCAAGAAGGAAAAUAAAGUCCUUAAGUCAAUCGUGCCAAGGUUUAGGUUGAAAAUAAUCGUGUAUGAUAACACGGAUGAUGCUACCUUCGUGCUUUUUGAAAAAGAAGUUCAAAAAAUGUUGAAUAAAUCUGCUUCCGAACUAUUAGAUAUUCAAGAGAUGAAAGGGGAUAGGUACGGAUUUCUUGAAGCGUUUACACAGCUCCUUGGCAAAAAGUUACUAUUCAAAGUUGAUAUCCCAUCCAAGCAUACAUCCGGUACUAAUAGAAACUUCACUGUUAUAAAUUCUAUGGAUGAUCAAAAAUUAAUUGACAAAUGGAUGGGGCUCUACAUGAAAAUAGAGUCUGAAAGAUAUAAGCAAGAGCAAAUUGAAUAUGAGAGCGUAAAGGAUGUUGAAGGAUAAAAUGAUACCAAAUCAAUUGAUAAUGAAAGUUCGCCAAGUUCCAUCACACCUCAAAAAAGAGUCCAUGUUGAUAAUGAAGGAUCAUUAGCAAAUUCUCCAUUGGAUGCACAACUCUCUACUAACAAGAAGCAGAUUAUUGCAAAAGAAUGAGAAGGAUUUAAAGAAGUAGAUACAAUGCAAUGACACCAUAUUCGCAUGAUGAAGUUUUUUGAGAUACUUUAAAUUUAAGGGCUUAUGCUUUUUGUUCAGUAUGCUUAAGUACCUUUGUUCGAUUUUGUGUUUUUCAAUAACAAUUGUUAAGUUGGUUUUUGAAGUUUGUUUACAACAACUACUA